AUGCCACGGCUUGGUGAUAAUGAUGAUGCUAACAAGACGAGCAAGACUCUUACUACUGAGGAUUUCCUCACCAACUUGGACACCUCCUGCGCUCAGUUGCACAGCCAACCGGAGGUUAUGAUGGCCCUAUUGGCGAUACUCAAGGAGGAGGGCACCUCAGCACAGCGGAAACUGGUCUUGAAGAACAGUGAAGCUUUGAAUGUACUGUUGGCUGUUGGCUUCGACAUGGCGACCAUGAAAGUGCACCCUGGCAGUGGAGUGCGUGCGGAAGUGGCUCGUGAUAUGCUCAACGUCCAACUCGAACACGUUGCGGCUGAGAGUAAUCCUGCUCGGAUUGAAACACUACUGGCUAUCGGCGAUGAAGCGCCGGCGAUGUCCGCUGACCCUGAUGGAGCGCCAGAGGAUACUAAGGUGAUGGGUGUGAUGACAGUGAUUAAUUAG